UAGGCUUCCGCAUAAAUCUGAGGAAAAGGAAGAGAAAAGACGCACACCCAAAGACUCCCUUCUUCUUCGUCUCUCAAACUAAUUUGAUUCAACCAUGGCUAAUGCAGCGUCAGGUAUGGCAGUCCACGAUGACUGCAAGCUCAAGUUUCUCGAACUCAAAGCCAAGCGUACUUUCCGUUUCAUCGUUUACAAGAUCGAGGAGGCGCAGAAGCAAGUGGUCGUGGAGAAACUAGGAGAGCCUGGUCAAUCCCAUGAGGACUUUGCCAAAAGUCUCCCUGCUGAUGAAUGCAGAUACGCUGUUUUCGAUUUCGAUUUCGUCACUGCUGAGAGUUGCCAAAAGAGCAAGAUCUUCUUCGUCGCAUGGUCUCCGGACACAGCAAAAGUGAGGAGCAAGAUGAUCUACGCCAGCUCUAAGGAUAGGUUCAAGCGUGAGCUUGAUGGAAUUCAAGUAGAGCUUCAAGCAACCGAUCCAACUGAGAUGGAUCUUGAUGUUUUCAAGAGCCGAACCAACUGAGGAAAGAUAUCCUCUAAAAAAAAUUGGUUGAAACCAACUUUUUUUAUCCUACUAUUACCGAAUGAUAUGCUUGUUCUUUAAGUUUGCUGUGAAGGCACCAACCAAAACAGCUUCAUUUCAUUGGUCUUUGUCUUCCUAUGUCUUUUUUUUUUUUGGUCCUUGCAGUGUUUUGCUUUAAACUUAAAAAAGAGAUUUGGCUUGUGCUAUUCUACCAUUGUGUAAGAAACCUAAAACCUCUACCAAAAGAUGAAUCUUAUUGACACAGUGUGUCUUUAUCUUCGUCUUCGUUAAUCUAUGUAUCUAAUGAUAUAGUAGUGGUUUAAACUAUUGUCACAACAUAUAACAAAAUAGGUUAGGCUAUUUUACUAAUAUUCUACUUAUUAGUAGACAGAUCCACGAGAUGCUUUUGUAUGUUCUUAAAUCUUAAUAAUCGAUUUACUAGCGUGUCUUAUGGAUCUCCAGAUUUGUUAAACUUUCAUCUGAUUC